AUGGCAUUCAAGUUCGUUGUCCUCGCCUGUUUCGUGGCUGCUGCUAGUGCUGGUCUCUUACCAGCUGCUCCCAUCACUUAUGCUGCAGGUCCAGCUUACCACACUGGUCCCGUGGCUUACGCGGCGCCUAUAGCCAAAUACGCGGCUGUCGCGCCCGUCGCUAAGGUGGCCGUGGAGGAAUACGACCCUCACCCUCAAUACAGCUUUGCCUACGAUGUGCAAGACGGUCUAACUGGUGAUUCCAAGAGCCAGCACGAAUCUCGCGAUGGUGACGUUGUUCAGGGCUCCUACUCCGUAGUUGACCCCGAUGGCGUCAAGCGUACCGUUGAAUACACCGCUGACCCCCACAACGGUUUCAACGCUGUUGUACACAGAGAACCCUUGGCUGUCAAGGCUGUUGCCCCCGUUGUGGCUAAAGUAGCUCCCGUAGUGCACUCUGCCCCCGUCGCCUACUCCACUGGUCACCUAGUUCACGCCGCUCCCCUGGCCUACUCCGCCUCUCCCGUAGUCCACGCUGCCCCCGUUGCCAAACUCGCCUACUCAUCUCCGUACUACCACCAC